AUGAGGGUCCAGGUCGCGUGGGCGGUCUCACUCGCCACCACACUGAUCAGCGCUGCCGCCACUACACCCACAUCCGACGCUGCUGCACCUGCGCUGUUACAGGUAGUCCCACCACUACAGCAGCAGCAGAACCCCCUCGUGGACCCCUCAGUCCGCGCCCACCAGACCACACCACUGCACAGCGCCGAUCAGGACCAGGACCAGGACCACCGCUGGAUGGCACCCGUUGUCGUCGAGGCCGGCGCGCAGGGCGGCAGGAGCAUGGGCGCCGUCGUGCUCGUCGUCGUGGGUGCCGCGGGCGUCUUCGCCAUGGGCCUGGUCUAA